UUUUAGUUUUCUGUAAGAAAAAGAAAAGAAAAAAAAAAAAACGAUUGCGCUGCAAAUUGGUAUGUUGAUCACCCACACUCCAAUCAUCAAACAUACCAAAUUGCAGCCCACUGACCUCACUAGUUUUAAUUUUAUUUAAGGUUAAAGUUAACCAUGAUCUUGCGUCUGGCACUGCUAUGUAUAAGUGCCAACAACACAUGCCACCACAGGUCCGUGGUUGAAAGUUUCACGGGCCGCAGCUGAGUUUCAUACAGCAUUAUACUUUGUACAGAAAACUCGAUUACAACGGAGAAACUUCGGCGCGUUUUUUAACGAGUUUAUUUUUAAAUACUACUUAGUCGAAUCUUCUCACGACGAUGAUACAUGGCUGAGUUUCCCCAGAGUUUGAGAUAUUUUUUCGAAAACAACUUAUUCGAGACACCAACUUUUAGUUGCCUCCGAUGACGAAUAAAAUGACGAUCGUCUAAACGUCGCUAUAAAAAGCUGCUGACACUGAGCAGAGCCUGAUAGUCGACAAGUGGUACUGAAAGAUAUGACCUUGAUGGAGCACAAGGGCUCAUAUAUAUAGAUAGCCUAGUCGUGGCAUUUACUUGAAGAAAACACCGCUUCCCAUUCAGACAGCCUGGCGUAUCGCUUGAUAAACACACUCGUACAAACCAUAUUCUUCUAUAUAAGGUCUCUGAAACAUGGAUGGAAUGAAGAAGAGUGAACCCAUCCACAUAGUUACGCCUUUGAUUCCAAGUGAUAGACUGUCUGAGUUAUGUGGACGCUCUGUGCUCCUGAAGUUAGACAAUUUGCAGCCAUCAGGUUCUUUCAAGAUUCGAGGCAUUGGCAAUUUUGUACAGAAGGGUGUUAUGAAUGGCUGCAAGCACAUUAUUUCAUCAUCUGGUGGCAAUGCUGGUAUGGCCUCUGCGUAUGCUGCUCGUCAAAUGGGAGUUCCUUCUACAGUUUAUCUACCUAGUUCCACGCCCAAGAUGAUGAUUUCUCGUCUUAAAGACGAAAAAGCUAGCGUUGUGGUCCACGGGCGCAACUGGAAUGAGGCUCAUGAGAAGGCAACUGAAAUGGCUGAGUCAAAGGACAGCUGUUUGGUGCACCCAUUUGACCAUCCAGAUGUAUG